UCAGUUUGAAGCCUGGCUGGCUGCUCUUCAGGAUGGCCGCGGAUAACAAUGUGCUGCUGGGUUUAGUGGAAGAAUUCGUGUCCGGACAGCUUGAUAGCAAGGCUACAGACACCUCCACAGGUGUCAAGAACGGGCAGUUCACAGUUCUCCAGCUGGUUGAAGCAUUGGGGGUGAGUUUGACCAGCUCUCAGCCUCAGACUCGUGGCCGAGGAGUUCAGCUGCUUUCUCAGGUUUUGCAGGAAUGCUACAGCAGCCUGUCGGAGCGCGAGGUGGAGGUCCUGAUAGCGUUCUAUGAAAACAGACUGAAGGAUCACUAUGUUAUCACUCCACAUGUUCUUCGAGGGCUCAAAGCUUUGGCAAAAUGCUCAGUUCUGCCUCCAGGUUCAGCAGUGUCCAUUUUGAAAUCCAUCUUCCAGGAUGUUCACGUUCAGUCUCUGAUGGUGGCAGAGCGAUCAUGUGUUUACAACAUUCUUAUCAGUCUGAUGGAGUCCAGAGAGGAAGAGCUCAAAGGUUUGGGUGCAGACUUCAUUUUUGGGUUUGUACAGUCAGUGGAUGGAGAACGAGAUCCACGCAACCUCCUGCUGGCCUUCCAGGUGGCCAAGAACAUCAUUCACAGGGGUUAUGAUCUCGGUAAAUUUGUAGAGGAACUCUUUGAAGUGAUGUCCUGUUAUUUCCCCAUAGACUUCAGCCCUCCACCCAAUGAUCCUCAUGGAAUCACACAGGAAGAGCUUAUUCUUUCUCUACGGGCUGUUCUGACUGGGACGCCUCGGUUUGCGGAGUUUCUGUUACCAUUGAUCAUUGAGAAGAUGGACUCGGAUGUUCAGAGCGCUAAAGUGGACUCCAUGCAGACUCUGGCUGCCUGCGGUCAGACAUACAGCCAUAAAGAGCUGGCUGAAUUCCUUCCAGGCCUUUGGAGCUCAAUACGGAGAGAGGUUUUCCAGACGGCCAGUGAGAGGGUGGAAUCGGCUGGUCUGUUGGCUCUGAGCUCAAUGGUGUCCUGUCUUUCGCACUCUGUGCUUAAUUCUGACUCGGAGGAUUCCCUGCAAGUCUUUCUGAGCCUUGUCCUCAAAGACUGUCAGCAUCAUCUCUGUGAGCCGGAUUUGAAGCUGGUGUGGCCAAGCGCUAAACUCCUGCAGGCCGCAGCCGGAGCCUCAUACAGAGCCAGUCUGAUAGGAACGCAGACCGUCAUUCCUGCCCUGCUGGACCAGUACAAUAACAGGACGCAGUGUGCUCAGCGGCGCACCCUUCUGGAGGUUCUGCAGGGUUUCGUUCAGCCCACUCCGCUCAGCCGGCCUGCAGAUGGAGAGGAGAGUGUGUUGGUUGCGUUUCAGCAGUCGUUAUGCACAGUGGUGUUUUCUGCAUUGAGCGAGACGAGCGCUGGUCUGCAGGUCACAGCUACACGAGUGCUCACUGCACUAUCACAGCAACCAGGCUUGCUGGCUCAGAGCCAUGUCGAAAACGCUGUUGAUCAUUUGACCAGACUCAUUUUAGAGGAAGAAGACGCUCAAGUCAGUUUGGCAGUGGUGGAGUGUUCAGGCUCUCUGGCUCAUCUGCAUCCCCAUGCGUUCGUCUCCAGGAUGAUUCCCCAGCUGAAGGAAAAGAUCCUGUCAGACGAGUGUAGCGGUGCAGUACGUCAGCGUUGUGUUGCAGCUUUAGCGUCAGUAUCCUCUCAGCCCAGUGUGGUGCAGGAAAGCUCGCCGGUUCUUCUCCAGGUGCUGGCAUCAGCCCACACAGGCAGCUGUGGUUUCUCUGUGGAGGAAGUGAUCGCCGUGUGCAUCAGUUUGAAGAGGAUAGCGGAGCACGCUCGCAAUAGUGAGGCAAUUGGCCAAUUCUUCCAUGAUAUCAUCAUCCCGCGACUCCUAGGACUGACCUUACAGGCGACGCUGCAAAGUAAAGACUCCGGUCACAUCAGUCCACUCACAGAUGAAGCCGUUCUGUCUGCUAUCGUUCCUGUCAUCAGCACAGCCUGUGCAGCUCUACAACCAGAAUCAGCGUCCCGUAUGGCGGCCCAGGCGGUGUCUUUGUUCCUGGAUGGAGACGCAUCCUUUCUACCAGAAAAUGCCUUCCCUUCACAAAUCCAGCCGCUUCAGAGUCAGGCAGACUCUCGGGGUCCGUCUCAGCUGGUGUGUUUACUGAUGGCCUGCGUUUGCUCUCUUCCACGAAGUGUGGAGAUUCCUGACAUGGACCGGCUUCUGGUGCAGCUGGAGGAUCUGAGCUGCACAUCUCCACAUCUGUUUUCCUACACUUUCGCAUCGAAAUGCAUCGCUGGUCUGGUCAACAAGAGGCCAGCAGGAGCGGCUCUGGAUGCUGUGCUGGACCGAGUGUUGAAGAGGGUCAGUCUGGAGCUGGAGGAAACUUCAUCCGCACACAGAACACAGGCCUUCACACUGCUGAUCUGGGUGGCCAAAGCUCUGCUCUUACGGUACCAUCCACUGUCAACAAGCCUGACUGACAAGCUCUUCUCUCUGUUGAGUGACUCUGCGUUGGGAUCUCUGGUGGCUGAUGGUUUCUGCGUCCUCAUGAGCGACUCGCCGGACGUGCUCAAUCGAGACUGUCACGCUGAUGUUCGCAUCAUGUACAGACAGCGCUUUUUCACUGAGAACUCAAGCAAGCUGGUUCAAGGCUUCAACUCGGCAGAGCAGGUGAAGAAGUCGUGCUAUUUGAAAGCGCUGUCGCACAUAGUCAAUAACCUCCCCAGAGAAGUGCAGCUGACGGAACUUCCUGCGUUGCUGCCGCUGCUGUUGGAGGCUCUGUCAUGUGUGGAUCAGGGCGUUCAGUUGUCCACGCUCUCCUGUCUUCAGCCGGUGUUGCUGGAGUCUCCUGCGGCUCUAAACACUCAGCUGGAGGCGCUGUUCACCCGCUUGCUCACCCUCACCACCAGCCCUGCCAUGAAAGUGAGAAUGGCGUCGCUCCGCUGUGUCCAUGCUCUGUCUCGCCUGCCUGAACAUAUGGUCCUGCCAUUCCGUGCUCGGGUCCUGAAGGCUCUCGCUGCUCCUCUGGACGAUAAGAAGAGGCUGGUGAGGAAGGAGGCCGUAGCGGCUCGAGGAGAAUGGUUUUUGUUAGGAAGUCCUGGUGGAAGAUGAACAACAGGUCAGUGCUGCUAUGAAACAAAGAGCCCCGAACAGAGAUGAUCACCGCUCACAGCCUUUUAUUUUACUCCUCUAUCCUCUUUUUUUAAUAAAUUUGUCCUGUCUGGGCAUAGAGAUUGCUAAACAAACUGAAAAACUGCGUAAACUGAAGCUCCUUUCAGCCGGACCUUCAACAACAAAUGCUGAAAGGAGAAAACCUCGUCUCGUCUUUAUAGGAACGUUAGUCUGAUGCUGAAAAAACAACCCAUCGCCCUGAAUGUGCCGUCGACGGUCCUUAUGGUAGGAUUUGUUGGUCUGUUGUCCAUUUUCAUGAGACUAACUUAAAAGUCUAAUGGAGAAAACUGAUACCAAGAAUAUAAAACAGUAUUUAAGUGUCCAGAACUGUCAAUAAAACUUUUGUAAAUGUGUAGAUCGUGACAAACUUUGGAUUUAACGUGGUCUGCUUUAAAGGAAAACGUAAAGACAGAUGCACAGCCAUUGAUUUAUAAUGAGCUUAUUAUGCUCACAAAGGCUCAUUAAUUUAAUAAACAUACAGUGAAAUGUUAUUUCAAUAUUAAAUAACUGUUAUUUUAUUAAAUGUAGUUUAAAGCUGAAUUAAUUCUUGUGAUUUAAUGCAGCAUUUUAAGCUCGAUUAGUCUUUAUAAUCUUGAGAAUAGUCUACUCAAGAGGAAAUGUAGUAUCAUUCAUUCUCCUUCAGCUUAAUCCCUUAUUUAUCAGGGGUCGCCACAGCGAAAUGAACCACCAACUAUUCCAGCAUAUGUUUUACGCAGCGGAUUCCCAUCCAGCUGCAACCCAGUACUGGGAAACACCCAUACACUCACAUUCACACUCAUACACUAAGGCCAAUUUACUUUACCCAAUUCACUUAUUCUGUAAUUGGACUUGUUGGGGAAACCGGAGCACCCGGAGGAAACCCACGCCAACAUGGGGAGAACAUGCAAACUCCACACAGAAAUGCCAACUGGCCUAGCCGGGGCUCGAACCAGCAACCUUCUUGCUGUAAGGCAACAGUACUAACCACUGAGCCACUGUGCCGACCCAUAUUCUAUACUGGACAUUAUUUCUGUUCAGUGACCAGACUUUAGUCUGAGCAGAGUCAAACCUUACUGUCCUAAUGAAAUCAUUCAAAAUCAAGACAUGAUCAUAUUUUAUUGUGGUAAAAUAAGUGUAAUCUAGAGGCCUUUGCCUUUCAUAUAAGCCACUUCUGAUACCAAAUGAUCAACUAGAAGUCAAGUUAUUAUUUGUUGUUCCUAAAACUUGGGUAGGCAACAAGACUUUGGUCAGGUAGUGUAUAUUAAAUUUGAAGCUACAUUCAAUAAGAAAAUAGUUCAUUAAACUGUAAUAAUAUUUUCCAGUUUGCACUGUAUUUUGGAUCUAAUAAAUGCAGCCUUGGUGAGCUGAAUCGGCUUCUUCUAAAACGUUUUUAAAUGUAUUUAAAAGCAAUUACAAACUCUUGACUGGUCGUGUACAUCAAGUUCAACAUAUUUUAUGUUUAAAAGCUGAAGGUAUAAAUUGUAUGGUCAGAAUUUCCAACAAAGAACUUGUUUUAUUGCUGUUUUCUUAUCCCAGCAGUUCAUCUGUACAGUGUUUGCUGGACUGGCGUUGAUAGAUGAUGUUACAAAUACAAUUCACAAUUACACCAACAUGUCAGAUACAAUAAAAAUGUCUUCAAUCUUACAAACACGCACACAAAAAAAAUUGUUCACUUGCUUGUUUACCAGGGAUCCAAAAGUCUGAGGAGUUUUAACACUUCGUAAAAAUGUU